AUGAGCACAGCCGCAUCCAGGAUUGUCUUCAUAGAAUCGCUGCUGCUGCUUGACUCUCGACCCUUCAACCCGCAGACUGAGAUGAGCCUUCAUGGCGGAGUUCACUACAGAGCAGCCCCAACAAAAAGAGUCAAUGCAAAGAAGCCAAAAAGCCAUUCCAGCAAGGCGGUUUUUGCUGCUGCUCACUAUGAAUUGACUCAAGGACAAGAUGGCCUUACGAAGACAGCAGAACUGAAUGGAGUCAUCAAAGACUGGAAUGAAGUAAAGCUCAAUGUGUCAAAUCCCCUACAGUACAACUCUGAGAAUGGGGGAUUUACUGUAACCAAGGACGGCCUCUACUUUCUCUACUGUCAGGUUCAUUUUAACCAUGAGAAGAGCCUUUAUAUCAAGCUGGAUCUCACAUUAAAUGAAGAGGUGGUCUUCCGCUGUCUACAGGAGUUCCUGACAACGGUCAGUACAAGGGAACCAACAGUUAAAGUCUGCCAAGUUUCAGGCCUCCUUCCACUGCAGAAAGCUACAGUUAUCAAAAUCAGGACAAUUGGAAGGGUCACUGUUAAAACAAAUAAAUAUCUCACCUACUUUGGACUUUUUCAGGUACACUGACCCACCUCCAGACUUCAGCAUUGUGUCUUCUCCAAAUAUUGCUGCUAAACCUCAGGCCUCCAGGGGCAGAGGAAGUGAAUAUUUUUUUUUCUGGUUCUCACUUCUUGCUUCAUCUGCACUUCGGUGACAACAUGAACAUUUGGAGGGAAACCUUAGGAAGAUUCUUCCCUUUUAAAAGGCCAUAUAUCUGUUAUUCAGGCCUAUUGCUGUCACACAUUUAUCCAGUUCUCAAUGUGACUUUUUUAGGUUACAUAGGUUUCACUAGCCUAACAAUUUGUGUGUGUGUGUGUGUGUGUGUGUGUGUGUGUGUGUGUGUGUGUGUGUGUGUGUGUGUGUGUGUGUGUGUGUGUGUGUGUGUGUGUGUUUGUUUUAUUCCAGGUAAAGUACCUUGACUGUGACUGCUGUGUGAAAUGUUACAAAACUGCUUGGUACCUGGCAUUUUCUUUUGUCCUCUGUUGAAUUUUUAGUUAGAAAUUUAGUAGUACUGUGUGUGAAGUGCAUGAGUUUAUGUGUGUGAGUGUGUGCGCGAGCAUGCAUAUGCAUAUGUGUCUUUGUGUGUCCUCUCUUCUGCUAUGUCUGUUUAGCAACCUCUGCCUUGACUGCCUUUGGGAUACAGUUCUCUUAUUACAGUUCUCACUAUGUCUGGCUUUCCAAGGAUGUAUACGUUUGAAAGAUGGCCCAAUUUGUCUGCACCUUUAGGCCACUCCUAUUUUGACAGACUGGAAUAUGUUGUAACAUUCAGAUGAUUUCCUCUGAUCACAGAAAGUAGCAUGCAAGUUUGACUGCAGAUGCACUGAGCACUUUAGUGACCGGUACUGCAACUUUAUGACCUAGCUGGUCCUGAUUGGUAAAAUAUACCUACUAUGAAAAAGAUAGUGUUCCACUGGAUGGAUGGCUGAAAAAAAGAGAAGAGAAAAAAAGUAUCCUAUUCUUUUUUUAUCCCAUUCCUCUACCCCAGCUGGCCAUCAACUGAUUCCAGCGCAUCUUCUCAUCCACCGGGUCUACAGAACCUCCUAAUGACCUCUGCCUAUUUCUGACCUAUGUUAAGGGUCAGUGAGAAGACAGAGGCACUUGGGGUAGCAUCAUACUGCUGCUGGGGAGUGCUUUCACCUUGAUUCCUAAACUCUUGUGCAUGUCUUGAAACACCAGAGGAUAGGAUGCGCAAUGGGUGUCAGUACUGCCUUGCCAUCACUUCUGUAAAAUGCUGAUAACAGCAGGCUGCCCCACCCAACAACAGGCAACACUACAUGCUUCCAAAAGGAAGACAUGUCAGUGUGCCAAGUGUGAUCCAGCUGCGUUUUCAAGCUUCCAAGCCAAAACUUGAAUGUGGGUUGCCUAGAACGUACUCAGGGCUUUGCCCUUCUAUUCCACCAGUGCAGUCUGUGUUUGAAAUUCAAAAAAUAACAGGAAUAAGUGACUGCAGAUGAAAAUAUAUAAAAGAUGGAUACACAUAGGUUGUUAACUAAGAUUUCCAAAUUAAGAGCUAGUACUGUCAUCCUAAAUGCACCAAAUGGAUAUACUGCAUUCACAAUGUGUAUGUAUGUAUGUAUUUAUUCUGAAUAUUACUGUCUUUAAUUAAUUCACAUAUGCAAAUAAGUUAGGAUAUAUGCAGGACAUGCAAUUCGAGGUUCCAGGGACUGGAUGCACAUACCUAAGAAGAAUCUGCUUGUUCAAUUUUUUUAAGUCGAGAACAUAGAUUUUGAAUUUUUUCAGCUCAUGUGCAGGGCAGGUAAUAGACCAUAAAGACUACACAAGUAAGGCAUCAAAGUAUAAAAACUGGCAUACGUGCAGAUAUACCGAUAUGAUAUGUAUGGCCUAGAUCCUGGGGUAUCAUGGAUACGCUUACUGGCUCCCAAACUGCAACAGGAAAUGCAUAUUGACUCUUUCCACGGUGAAAAUUCAUUGACUAAAAAGGGAAUUGCCCCUAUAGAUGGGCCAUUUUUGCUAUCAGCAGUUCACUUUGUAAAGACUGAAUCUGCGUUUUCUACACACUGAUGUUACUGCAGCUCAGAAAUACAUUAAAGACAGAAGAAAAGUUAGGGAACACACUGCUUGCUGCUUUUGGUAUGCGGUACUGAGUGUACUUGAUCUCAGCUUGUGUGAAAUACCAAAACUGUCAGCCAGAAUGCAGGUGCAGUAGAAACAGUAACCUGUCACCACAGCCCUGUCUCAGGGAUCUUUCUAAACUUGGUUUGAAAGUAAAACACAUCCACAGACUACCCAAAGCAGCCCUACAUGUUUAUUAACCACUACUGUUAUAAGUAACGUUUUGCAAUGCUUCCCUUUGUUUUGUACUUCCCCCCAGUACCACUACAAAUAUGACCCACAUGGAGUGCAGGUUCAUUUAUACUCAACAGUUCAAAUGCCCACUUACACAUCUGUGGGGUGGAGUACCUUUAGCAAAGCUUUUAAUAAUGUUGCACAAUGGGCAUGCUUUAUUGACUGUGAAUAGAAACAAUUUUUGCAACCAUUUACGCAGGGUAUCUUAUCUUCAAAAUAAUAACACUCUUUAGUAUACAACAGUUUUAUGGGCUUUGCAAUGUCUUUUACUUUAUGAUGUGCUAUGAGAUUCAAGAUUUAAGGUAUAAACUAUGUUUAGCUAUAUAAAAGUUGCAUCAGUACAGAUCAUGUCCACCCACCUAUAUUCAUGACAUUUUUGUUGGGUGAGGACUAUGUAGACGCACAGGAUAAGUAACACCUAAAUGCUGAAUUAGUUCGGAACGUGAUUAUUAAAAUGUGUUUUAAUACACAGUCAGGCUAAGAAAAGGAAACAAUAUUGUGUCCUAAAGAGAAAGCCUAUAAAAAAGAGCAAAAUGUACUGGGAUCGGACACAUCGUAGCUCAUAAUGAGCACCUCCACAACAGAGGCUAGCAUGCUUAGACUGGCACGCAAGUAUUACUUUCCACUGUAAGGGACCACAAUGAAACUGGUCAUCUUGCACAACCAUGUAAUGCAGGAGGCAAAUGUAAACUUAUUCCAGUAAAUAGUACUGAGUUUCUGGUGUAAUCCAACAAAAGUCCCUAUAGUACAGAGGUUCUGGUAUAUUCCAACAAAAGUCCCUGAGCCAUAACCAUCCACUUCCCCUUCACAGAGGAAAAAAAACUUUUUAUAAUUAUAUCACAACCCUGUCCGGGUCCUUUUCAAUACAGUACAUCACAGAAAUAUGCAAAAGAAUAAGGUUCUGCUCCUGAGAGCAACAUUACAAGUCUUAAGCUGAGAAACUGCGAUACAGUCCAAGUGAGGCUAUUUUAUUUAUUUCCUGAGCUAUUUCCUUAUGAAGACAGCCCCUUUGAGGACACUCAGCUUUAAAUUAACUCUGGAGCUAGAGUUGUGGGUGGGGGGAAUACUUCUGUUAUGGCAGUGCUGGACUGUUAACAAGCGCCAGUGGUGCAAACAGUCACAGAGCAAGGGCAGCGCUGCACAGGUUGUGUAUUGAUGGCUGAACAUUUUUAAACCAAAGUGAAGAGUUACUCAACACUUUUUUAAUUUUUUUAUAGUACAAUGUUGCUGAGCAGCAGUCUGUCAUACACAGAAAAAAAUCAUCAUUAUACACAUACAGGAGAAAUUUGAAAUACUGCCACGCGUUUAAUCCAUUUGCAAAUGAAUUUGAAGUUAUAAAGAAAACAUAUACAUGUGUGUGUGUGUGUGUGUGUGUGUGUGUGU